AUGAACAGACGUAACCAGCUGAAUCAGCGACUCCCACAAUCUUCUUCAUCCCCAUCGCCUGUCCUCCUGCCCCCAUCAGCCGGUCCAUCAUCCGGCCGGGUCUCACCCGCUCCCUUUCCCCGCCCAGGCUCGUCAUCCUCGCAGUACUCGGAGAGUCCAUAUGGAGGUGGUAUGGGGAGUGGGAGCAACGGGUCGGGAUACUCGAGAACGGCGAUGCAUCUUGAGGGGCAGAAUGACGACAAGCUGGAGGGAUUGCUAGGGAAGGUGAAGAUACUGAAAGAUAUCACCGUAGGUAUAGGGAACGAAGUGAGAGAUAGUAAUAUGGAAUUGGGAGGAAUGAACGACGCCUUUACAUCCACCUCCAACUUCCUCAACGGGACAUAUCGUCGUAUGACGAAGAUGGCCAAGCGACAAGGCGGGACGUGGUGCUGGUUUCUGGCGUUUGUCAUGUUUGUUCUCUGGCUCUUUAUAGUAGUAUGGUGGCUGAGGCGAUAA